UGCGGCAUACAAAACCUUCGCUCCUCGCCACCGAAGAACCUCCAUCUCCGCCCUUUUCCACCUCUGCUUCCUGCCCUCUCCGCCCCUCGCAACCUCCGUCCGGAUCCAUCCCCGCUCGUUGCUACCGCCGCCUCCGCCCUGAGCCCCUCGAAUUGUUCUAGGACCCAAAACUUAGGGUUUGCGAUUCCACAUCUGUUUGAGUCCACCAGAGGAAAGCGGUGGGUCCACCAGCUCGAAUCCACCUCUGCAAUCCGGAAGCUCGUCAAGCAGCAACCCGGAAGCUCAUCGAGACGUGUUUCGCUAUGGAAGGAUGAAGUUCGUUCUCAUUCUGAGCUUUGUUGCUGUGUUUUCACGAAAGGAUCAAACAGAUGUGGCGGCGCGUGGGUUCUCUGUCUUUGUUGGUUGCGUCCUCCAAAUCGCACCACCUUAAUCGAGUACAGACAGCCUGUGGAUUUAACGCUUUGCAAAUGUUCAGCACUCAAGUUUUGGAUCAGGUAUCGAGUCAAUGUACAGACAGCCUGUGGAUUUAACGCUUUGCAAAUGUUCAGCACUCAAGUUUUGGAUCAGGCGGAAAGCAAAAUUUCUGAUAGAAGAAGGAUCCCAUUUGUGACUUUUGUUUUGGGGGGUCCUGGGAGCGGAAAAGGAACUCAAUGUAUGCGGAUUGUUGAUACUUUUGGGUUUACCCAUUUAAGUGCUGGAGACCUGUUGAGAAAAGAAAUUUCUUCUAACAGUGAAAAUGGUUCCAUGAUUUUCAAUACAAUCAAAGAAGGGAAAAUUGUUCCAUCAGAAGUGACUGUUCAACUAAUUCAAAAGGCCAUGGAAGCCAGCGAUAAUGAUAAAUUUCUUAUUGAUGGUUUCCCAAGAACUGAAGAGAAUCGUAUAGCAUAUGAACGAGUUAUUGGUGCUGAACCAGACAUUGUGCUCUUUUUCGAUUGUCCUGAAGAAGAAAUGGUGAAACGAGUAUUAAACCGUAAUCAGGGACGAAUUGAUGAUAAUAUAGAUACUGUCAAGGAAAGGCUGAAGGUCUUCGCGGAACUAAACCUUCCAGUCAUCAAGCACUACUCCAAGAUUGGAAAACUUUGUAAGAUUGACGGUACUGGAUCACAAGAUGAAAUUUUUGAGAGGGUUCGCCCAAUUUUUGCAGCAUUGAGAAACCGGAAAUCUGGUGACCAAGUGAAGACUCGCAGGCCUCCAUCAAAGCCCUGUUAUCCUUGUUCGCCAUUAGUUGAUCAAGUUGCAAUGUUAACUUUAAAUGCUUUGUUGCUGUGUUUUCGUGAAAGGAUCAAACAGAUGUGGCGGAGCGUGGGUGCUCUGUCUUUGCUAGUUGCGUCCUCCAAAUCGCACCACCUUAAUCGAGUGCUGACAACCUGUGGAUUUAACGCUUUGCAAAUGUUCAACACUCAAGUUCUGGAUCAGGCCAUGGAAGCCCGCGAUAAUGAUAGGUUUCUUAUUGAUGGUUUCCCAAGAACUGAAGUGAAUCGUAUAGCAUAUGAACGAGUUAUUGGUGCUGAACCAGACCUUGUACUCUUUUUUGAUUGUCCUGAAGAAGAAAUGGUGAAACGAGUAUUAAACCGUAAUCAGGGACAAAUUGAUGAUAAUAUAGAUACAAUCAAGGAAAGGCUGAAGGUCUUCGCGGAACUAAACCUUCCAGUUAUCAAGCACUACUCCAAGAUUGGAAAGCUUUGCAUGAUUGACGGUACUGGAUCAAAAGAUGAAAUUUUUGAGAGGGUUCGCCCAGGUUUUGCUGCACUGAGAUGUGGCGGUGCGUGGGUUCUCCGUCUUUGCUGGUUGCGUCCUCCAAAUCGCACCACCUUAAUCGAGUAUGUUUCUGGUUUUGAUUUUUCGGCUUACUUUCAUACUUCCGAUGAGAUUUUUCACGGACGAAUCGAGUGUUCUUCUCUCAUCAGGUGCAAACAACCUGUGGAUUUAACGCUUUGCAAAUGUUCAGCACUCAAGUUCUGGAUCAGGAAUUUCGGGACGGGGGCAGACACGAGGGGUCGGGUUAGCUGGCCCGGCUACCGUGGGAAUAUGAGCGCGGAGGAGGCGGCCGGGUUCUCGGUGGCGGGACUUAUUGCGGGCCAGGAAUGGCUGCCGAAGACAGGCGUGCCUUUCACUGCCGGGCUGUGA